UCUCCCAUCAUGGCCCCUCGCGGUCGCGGAAAGUUCUCCAAGCCCUCUCGAGGAGGGGGGAAACGCUUCAGUCGCGAUACCCAGCCCGUCGACAAAGAUGGCAACCCUGUUGGUCUCUGGAGGGAACCCGACCAUGACGGCCCCUCCUCACUAUCCGAAGAGGAAGAAGACUCCGAAGAAUCGGGCUCCGACGAAUCCUCCGAGGACGAGAGCACCGCCAACAAUGUUCAUCCUGGCCCGUCUGCCUCUUCCUCCAUUCCCGGCGCCGAAAUGACGCGCGAAGAACGGCGCGCAGCUGCCAAAGCCAAGAAGCAGGCCGCACAGGCGAGGCGGAUGCAAACCGCCGCCCAGCCCGGCGAUCUACCGCCGUCAUCCGAUUCAGAGAGAUCGGACCUUGAAGACGACCAUGAGGACCACGAUGAGGACCUCCCCGCCAACCCAAACCACACGGCUAAAUCCCGCUCUCAGCUGAGCGAACCCUCGUCCGAGGAGCCGAAAGCGGGAGACCUGUCGCAGCUGUCGAGGCGGGAGCGUGAGGCGAUUGAGGCCCAGCAGGCCCGGGAGCGAUACAUGAAGCUCCAUGCAGAGGGGAAGACGGAUGAGGCUCGCGCGGAUCUGGCGCGACUGGCUCUCGUCCGCGAGCAGCGUGAGGCAGACCGGCUUCGUAAGGAGGCCGAGAAAGAGGAAAAGGCCGAGCAGGCGAAGCAGAGGGCUGCAGAAUUGCAGGCGAGGCUGCAGAAUGCGAAGGGUGGCAAGAAAAAAGGGGCACCAAAGAAGAAAUAA